CGCAGCAGGCGGUGGCAUACCCCCCCUAAACGAUUUGUUGCGGACCGCCAUAAUACCAUAGAGGAAGAAGUAAACGGAAGUGAACGGUGACCAAUAAUCAUUUCCACGUUAGGGUUUUGUUAUUUCAAAGUUUUUUUUAACACCCUGGAACUCAAUAUGACACAUUUCACUACACAGCAUCACAUACCUACCCUAUGUAGUGUUUAGUUCGCGUUGGAGACAAGACUUGGUUGAUAGAUGUUAUCUAGGUAACUCUAGCCAGCUAGUUGCUAACAAUGGCUAACUGUAACGGUAUGGUUUUUCACACUCAAAUAGCCUCCAUCAUGGAGGUGCUAGCAAAUGCAGCCGUGGCAGAGAUCUGUAAAGUCGUAGACGACGACUAUGCAGUGUUUCGUUUGGAAAUUUCUCAAAGCCAGAAAGAAAAUAGGGGAUUGCGGAGGAAACUACAGCUACUAGAACUGAAGGUGGCACGGGAGCGCACAGAGAGGACAAUGCGAGAGCGCGUUUUCGCCAGUCGUCCCAGUACUUUCAACAUCCUAGACCGAUACAGAGGAAUGGCAAGAGGUGAAGGACAUCUGACUGGAGGCCACAGGAGCUUUGUGAAGCCAGCGGGACACAAUAAAUGGAGAGAUGACCAACCAAUCAUUGUUGAUGAGAGGAGUGGAACCUCAACCCAGCAUGUUGUCAUGAUAGAGUCUGCAGGUGCAGAGGCUACAGGUCCUGAGGUGAAGCAGGAGAUGACUGAAGUAGUGGAGGACCCACGGCACAGCGGAGACGUCCAGACUGGAGCGGCAGGGGAGCCCCUUGUAGCCACAGAGAACCCUACCACCACCCCAGCGCAGUCCAGGACCCAACGCAGCAUCAUGGAGGAUGAGGGUCCAGAGGUGCUGCUGGUGAAGGAUGAGGGUUCAGAGGUGCUGCUGGUGAAGGAUGAGGGGUGUGAGGAGGGUCUACGGAACCCUGAGGGGACCAUGAUCAUGGAGGACAACCAGACUACACCUCCUGAAUCCACAGAGGAACCAGCUGAGUUGCACAGGACCACACUCAGUCUCGCUGAGCCAGUAGACAUGGAGGAUGGGAAGCCUGAUCUGCUGCUAGUCAAAGAGGAGACAAUAGAAGACGAACCAGAGAGCAUUGACCUGCCAAGUGGACUAAAGAAGGGGGAGCAAGAUGGUUGGCUGGAGGCUAACAGUGGAGACUGGAUGGCCAUCUUGGAUUCCCAAACCCAGACGAGUACAGCCAAGGGCUCCAGGGAUAACAUCAAUAAGCCGGCCUGGACCAGAGGCGACAUAGUGGCGGCCAGUGGAUGGGACAGCGUCCUUAACUCUGGGCUAGGGAGCAUUGUUCAACAUAACCAGAAACUGACAGUUGAACACAAAACAACAUCUAAACUUAAUCUCCAUGACAACAUACUAGUUGAAACCAGGGCAAGGUGUAGAUUUAGUCCGCUGGGAUGGGGAGGUAUCCGUAUGAGAACAGACACAGACUCGGCUAGCAAUUCUCCGUCCUGCUCCUAUAGUUGUGAUUCAGAGAGACUGAUGGUGCCUCAGGUUAAUGCCCUAACAGGUUCUGCCUUCAGCCUUCCUUCUAAAGGAUCUAUCAACUUGAACAUUGACCCUGCGACAACACAGACACUCUCUGGCCUUCGUCCUCCUCACACUCUCCUGUUAAACCAGACCUCAGACAAUGCCAAUGCCUCAACACUUAAUGGCUACACAAGUCCAUUGACAAUUGACAGUAGUAGUAGUAUUGCUAUCAGCAGAUCCAGUGGCAAAGAGAAGCGCUUCCCAUGUUCGUUCUGUGGGAAAGCCUUCAGUUUCCCCAAACAGAUGGAGAUCCACCAGAGGAUGCACACGGGGGAGAAACCAUUUGGCUGCCAGCUGUGCCGGGCCAGUUUCUCUCAAUCGUCCAACCUGAAGAGGCACCAGAGAGUCCACACAGGGGAGAAACCCUACAGCUGCCCCCAGUGUGAGAAGAGGUUCUCCCGCCAGCACCAGCUGAAGAUGCACCUGAAGGUCCAUACAGGAGAGAGGCCGUUUGCCUGUACACACUGUGGGAAGAGGUUCUCAGAGAGGAGCUACCUCAGGAUACACCAGCAGAAAAUGCACACGGCCCAUGUAUAGAGUAUAGAGAGACAUGUAAUGUAAUACUAGUUAGUUUGUAGUUAAUUCUGUUGGUAAUGGAUGUAUCGGGAACUGGAUGAGGUGAACUGAGGAAAGAAUGAGUAUGAUGAGGCUGAGUAGAUGAUAUGGUGAUGGAUGGUGUAAAAAUGCUUCACUAAUGAAGUGACAAACUUUGUCUUUAGGUGUUUUAUAGUGAGAUAAUGAUAGUGCCUUAAUUCAUGAUGUAUUGAAGCUGUGUGUAAUAUUGAACCAUUUCCAAAGUAUUCUAUAGUUACAUCAAAGCGAAGGUACUAGAUUUACAGAAAAGGUCAAUUGUGAGAAGUUUUUCUACUUGUCAUGUAUCGUUUUGUGCAAUACAUGUGAUUUGUAAUGCUAUUUGUUUAAAUUAAAUACUAAAUUGACUCUG